UUUCUCCAUGAGCAGGGCAGCAGCCGCAGCGGGCGGCGGAGCGGCGGGGGAGCGCGGAUCGGGCCGCUCCUAGGCUGCGCGGGGCCCUGCGCGGGGCGCGCAAGGCGCGAGGGGGCGGCGGCGGCGGCGGCGGCACCAUGGCCGCGGUGCAGGCGUCCCGCCGGCAGUGGUGCUACUUGUGCGACCUGCCCAAGAUGCCGUGGGCCAUGAUCUGGGAUUUCAGCGAGGCCGUGUGCCGGGGCUGCGUGAACUUCGAAGGGGCCGAUCGCAUCGAGUUCCUCAUCGAGACGGCGCGGCAGCUCAAGCGCAGCCACGCCAUGCAGGACGCCCGCUCGCCGGGGCCCCAGGCCGUCAAGCAUGCCAAGGACGGAGGGCCCCUGGAGAGGGCCGGGCUGGAGCGCUACGAGCGGGCCCGGGGACCCGGCGACUACACCCUCAGCCCCCGGCUGCCCAACGGCUUGGCCCGGGCGGAGGAUGGGGGGCCCGAAGGCAGCCGGCAGAGCCCCACCGCCCGGCGGGCGCUGAUCGGCCCCGUGCCGCCCAGCUUGGGGCUGAUGGGGGCCCCGCAGGGCUUGCUGGCCGCCGUGUCAGGGCUGGGGGCCCGGGGGCCUGGCUUGGGCUUGGCUGCCUCCUCGCCCCUCCUGGGGGAGCUGGGCAAGGCGCGGGGGCCCUACGGCGAAUACGAGAAGCAGCGCAAUGUGGAGUGCCUGGCCGAGCUGAGCGAGGCCCUGCGGGGCCGGGCAGAGGAGUGGCACGGCAAGCCCAAGGCGGUGCGGGAGCAGCUACUGGCCCUUUCGGCCUGUGCCCCCUUCAACGUGCGCUUCAAGAAGGACCACACGCUGGUGGGGCGUAUCUUCGCCUUCGACGCUGCCCCCCGGCCCGGCUACGAGUUUGAGCUGAAGCUCUUCGUCGAGUACCCGUGUGGCUCGGGCAGCGUCUACGCCGGCGUCCUCGCCUUGGCCAAGCAGAUGUUUCACGACUGCCUCAAGGACCCCGGCAAGGUGAUCUCCUCCGGCUACAAGUACCUGGAAUACGAGAAGCGCCACGGCACCGGGGACUGGCACCUGCUGGGGGAGCUCUUCACCGAGGGCGUCCGGUUCUUCCGGGACCCCCCGGCCCCCGAGGCCCUGCCCCAGCAGUUCCUAGACAGCAGCUGCGCCAUGCUGCCCAGUGCCCUGGUGCGGGCCAUGCCGCCCCGGGCCGUCAUGCGGCGCCGCAAAGCCUCCCCGGAGCCGGAGGGCGAGGGGGGUGCGGCCGGCAAGCUGACAGGUGAGGAACAGCAGCAGAGACAGAACUGGCUUCCCCAAGGGUCUGCCGGGAUCUACUCGCCGGGCAUGGCUCACCUUGCCGUGCCCGCCGGCCAGGCCCCUGGGCCCGAGGGCGCCCUGCGCAAUGACCCCUCGCCCAUCACCGCACUGAAGAACGUUGCCGACGCCCUGGGAGCCGGGCAGUCGCCGAAGGACGCCAACCCCGUCCACUCCACCACGGCCCGGCAAAACAGCGCCAGCCCUGCCUCGCCCGCUGCUUCGACCCAGCACCGGCUGGUCCCACGCAAUGGCGAACCUGGGCAGGCGUCUUCCUCAUCCUCCUCAUCCUCCGGGGCCCACUCGGCCAGCGGCACCGACUCAGCCGGCGCCCAGAGCACCCCCGAUUCCUCGGGUGGCCCCAGCAGUGCCCCCCUGUGCUGCACCAUCUGCCACGAGCGGCUGGAAGACACCCACUUUGUGCAGUGCCCGUCGGUACCCAGCCACAAGUUCUGCUUCCCUUGCUCCCGCGAUUUCAUCAAAGCCCAGGGGGCGGCCGGCGAGGUCUAUUGCCCCAGCGGGGAGAAGUGCCCCCUGGCCGGCUCCAACGUGCCCUGGGCCUUCAUGCAGGGAGAAAUCGCCACCAUCUUGGCCGGAGACGUGCGUGUCAAAAAGGAGCGUGAUCCGUGAACCAAGAGCCGGGAGGGGGAUCGUGGGGGGGGGGGGUCCCCCCUCGCCUGUGAUCUGGGGGUCCCCUGGCAGCAAGAGGCCUCAGGAAUAACUGGCGCUACAAUUAACUUAUUGCCCUUUUUAACCUUUCCCAGUCUGGGGCCCUGUAUAUAAUCUAUUUUUUAAUAUUUCCAUAGCACUCUUAUAUAUGAGGUCAUAUCUACAUAACCGACUGGGGGGGGGGAAUCGUGUGUGUUUGGGGGGAGAUGGGAGGGUUUGCUACAUAGCAGCAUAAGGGGGAUGGGGGUGGGAGUGGUAAGGGACGGAGCGAGGCCCCCUGUUUUGGGGCCACCCUGGAGACAGAAUCUCUCUUUUCCGCCCCAGAGGGGACGCAACUGGGGCAGGAACUCCCUGCCUGUCUGCUAAUGUGUCUCAGGCCUGGCAAGGCAUCACCCCUGGAGUGAGGGUGCCAUGUGUCAAUCUCUGUGGCUCACUGGGGCUGCGGCUCCUGCCAGUCGACGGAAGCGGCUGAGAACCCACAAACUUGCUCCGUGCGAGGAGAGGGGAGAGGGAUGUGAGCUUUGCCUGUCACGGAUCUGGGUCUGGAUCGGAGCUGGUACCCUCUAGAGAGGAAGGGGCCCCAUAUCCCAUCCCUUGCUCGCUCGCUCUCCCAGCCAGGGAGGCAGUCCGGGCCUUGGGGCCAGACUGGGCAUCUUGUUUAGCAGCUCAGCUCCUAGCAUUCUGGGUUCCAAGUUUUGGGGAACUUUUCUUCCCCCCCUAGCCCCAUAAGGGAGCCCCCCUUCCCCUGGGGAGAGCAGCACAAGGACCCUGUGAGUAGAAAGCCCGAGGGGAAGGGUGACCAGCUGUGCCUCCUUGCCACCCAGCUACCUGUGCCAGUCUGUUCACUCCUGACGUGUAGCCCCCUGCCAGUCCAGCCCUGUUACCAGCCCCCUGAGUUCUGCUGAUGCCCCUCACUCCUGACCUGCUGCCCCCUGCCAGCCCAGCCCUGGUCUCCCCCCCAGCUCUGCUGGUACCCCUCACUCCUGACGUGUAGCCCCCUGCCAGUCCAGCCUUGUUUCCCCCGCCCCCAGCUCUGCCAUGCCCCUCACUCCUGACCUGCAGCCCCCUGCUAGGCCAGCCCUGGGCUCCCCCACUGGCUUGGCAGAUGCCCCUCGCGCCCAACUUGCAGCCCGGCUGGGAGCCACGAGCAGAGGUUGCUUGGCUGAAUGGUGCAGAUGGGGGGGGAGUGAAUGACACCCACCAGACUAAUGUCACGUGAGCCCUCAGUAGCGCACAGAGUUACAGCUGAGCCCGCAGCGAGAACUAGCUCCUAACCCCCCAUCCCCAUUCCAAUAUUUCAGGUGCCAGUGCACAGCCAGUCCCCACUAAUCCUUUCAAGUGGGGGGCUGGGAGUCAGGACUCCGGUUCAAUUCCCUAUGGGGCUAAAGCUGGGAAGACACUGCCCUGGAGAGAUUUGAGGUUCCUGUUGUUUGAAUGGGGGAACCCCAGCUUCCUUGGCCAGAGAAACAGUUUUGAGAGGAGAUGGGGUUGAUUUACAGUAGGGCCUUCCUUAAUUGUUGAUGAUUGUAGGAUCCAGGCUGUUUGGGAAGGAGACGGGGAUGGCAGCCAGGAUUCCUGGAUUCCGUCCCCAGCUUGGGGAUGGGAGUGGGGUCUAGUGGUUAGAGCAGGAGGCUGAGAGCCAGGGCGCCUGGGUUCUAUCCAAGGCUUUGCUACAAGUUUGCCAUGCAGCUGUGGGCUAGAUACUUCACCUCUCCGUUUCCUCAGGUUCUUUCUGUCAAGUGGGGAGGCUGGCCCUGUAACUGCAGCCCUAGGCUGGCUGAGCAAUGUCCCCCUUUGUCAGUGCUCCUCUUUCAGAGCCCCCCAGUAACAACCCAGGGGCACUCCUGAAUCCCCAUGACAACAAAGAUCCUUGUGCAACCCUACAAUAACAAACCGGCAUCCCAUGUUUCCAAGGACAAAAUUCAUAAGCCGUGGGGAAAAGGAAGAGCAGCAGUUCUGUGGG